ACACAUCGGUCGUCUGCCAGCCAGAAUGGACGCAACUGCUGAGGACAGCUCGGAGGGCGCACGGCCAAGCGACCAGCCCGGUGGCCGACCAGCUGGCAUAGAAGGCGUCCGUGAGCACAUUGUCCAGAACAUGUCGUUCGCCCUGUUCUGCACCCGCCUUGCGCAGGUGCUCUUCGCCAUCGGCUACCUGCUGCCCAUCUUCGGGUCAGCGGCAAACGCCUACAGCAAGGCGCUGGUGGCCACCGUGGCUACGUCAGCUCUGCGGCUGCACCAGCGCGUGCCUCAGCUGCAAAUGAGCCGCCAGUUCCUCGCCACGCUGAUGGCCGAGGACGCCUGCCACUAUCUGCUCUUCGCGCUGGUGUUCCUGUAUGGCGCGCCCAUGACCAUGGUGCUGGUGCCGCCCACACUGUUCGCGGUGCUGCACUCGGCCAGCUACGGCUUGCGUCUCCUGGAUCUGGCCGGCCAGAACAACUCGCUCGGGGCGCGCUACCUGAUCUCGCUGGUGGAGCUGCAGUCGCAGAACAUCCUGCGCGCCGUGGCACUCUCCGAGAUCGUCCUCAUGCCGUACACCGUCUUCAUGCUGUUCACGUGAGCACCGGAGCUUGGCC